AUGCGUGAAAAAAUUGAAGCCGCCCUUGAUAAAUAUGUCGACAAACAUCGACCAAAACUUCAUGAACAUAUCGAUAAUUGUGUGGAAUGGCUCAAAGGAAUCAUUUCCGAACAUCUUCCCCAUCAUGUAGUAGAAUACAUAAAGAAGCAUUCAGAUGAUGGGGAUGGCAUUUUUGAAGUUAUGAGUCAGGUUAUUACACAAAUGUCAGAUCAAAUGUCGGGAGAUUUUAAGGAUGAAAUUCGAGAGGUUACAAGAGAACACCUUGAUAAAAUUACAGUUAAUACGUCAGAUGAUUUAACGACAGUAGUAGUAAGAGAAUCUAAAAAUGCAGUGGCUGUAGUAACACGUAAGAAGGAAAAGAAUGAUGAUGAAUCAUGGUGGAAAGAAAUUGAUUUUUCUUUCUUAAAAGGAGGAAAAGAAGGAAUUAUAGCCAAAUUUCUAGAAUUUGUGAAACCUCAUGUUCAACGUUCUGGCGAUGACAUUAAAGAACAUGUCAGUACCCAUUUACCAGAACACGUUAAACGCAAGUUAACUAAGAAAAUUGGAAUUACUACUAAAAAUCGAGAUGACUCAGCAGUUAGAGAUCGCGGAAUUCAUUUUCAUCAAGGAGGAUUUGCACACAUACUAGAUAAAAUUGCAGGAAAGGAGGAAGAAUUCAUCUCGAAAACUUUUGACAAGAUUUUCAAUAAACUUCCAGAAAAAAUUCAAGAAUUUUUGGAACCUCAUAUUCGUGAGUUUGUGGAUAAAUUGAUGGAUCUUUUGCACAUAGAAAUACGUGAAAAUGUAUUCAAAGAGGAUCAUUUCUUAGGGGGAUUAAAAUCAAUGUUAAAUGUGGAUAAAGAUGGAGAUGGAAAAAAUGAUUUUAUACAAGCAGUGGAAUCUUUUUUUCAUCAUAAGAAUAAAUAG